UUUUCCACCCUUUCUUUAUGUACUCAAACUGUGACCAUAAAUAAGGGAGCUUUUUGUUCCCACUCGGAAACACACAGAACCGUUACUUCCUCUGUUGCGGCUCAGUUCUGCGGUCUGACUGAUUUCAUCUGUUCACUGAGAUGGCUCGUGAUGUUCUCUGCGUUGUCGUCGUUCUGGCGGCAAUCUCCUUGGUUGCUGCUCAGUGGCAAGUAAGGCCCAUCGUGUCCGCAGCAGGCAACAGCGCUCGCGACUUUGGCGCCAACGUCGGCGUUCGCGCCGAGGGUGUGAUCCACAAGUUCCCCAAUGGUGGCAAGAUCAUCGCCAGUGCCGAGGCCUCCAAGAGCUUCGGCCGCGCCGGUGGUCACGGCUGGAACGGCCGUCCGCAGGGACAGGUCGGCAUUCGCGCCGAACUGCCCAUUGGAAGAAAGUAGACGUCCAAAGCCAACGUACCUUCAUGUCCGGAAACAAUAAAUACGGAUAACCA